AGAGGAGAUUAAAUGUGCGAUGUGAUUCAAGUAGGGUUUUACAAUUCGCUCUUUGGGUUCGAUUCGUGACGUCCUUAUCUGGUCGGCGGACACUCCGGCUCCGACGCCAUGCUUCGCUCCCUAGUCCGCCGCCAUGUGCUUGCCCCAUCGACCCACCUCCGACGCGUCUUUUUCUCCACUGGAACUUCCGUCUCCUCCUCAGGCGUCACCGCUUCUCCCGAUCCCCACUUCAUGGCCGAGUACCUCGUGAAAACAUGCGGCUUCUCCGCGGGCGAUGCUUCCAAGGUCUCCAAGUUGCUCCUUCGUUUUCAGUCCACCGAGAAGCCUGACGCCGUUAUAGGAUUUUUCAGAUCUCAGGGCUUUGAUGGCGCUAAUCUGAGAAGGAUAAUAGCUUGGAGACCAGGAAUGCUCGGCUGGGAUGUGGAGACGCAAGUCGCACCAAAGUUUAAAUUAUUGCGCGACAUGGGAUUAUCUGAGUCCGACAUCAUCGGUAUCGUUCGGCUGCACCCUAUCGUUAUUGGCUUCAACAGCGAGAAUGCGCUUCUCGCCCGAUUCAAGGUUUGGGAAAGUUUAUUGGGAUCGAAGGAGAUCCUCCUCAAGAAUCUCCGGAGGUGUGGAUGGUUUUUUAGCAGCAACAUUGAGAAUGUAGUGCGCCCCAACAUUAACUUCUUACGGGAUGAGUGUGGUAUUCCUGAAGAGAGGAUUUCUCUCGUCCUUAAAAGGCACCCAGCCUUCUUCACGCAGAAACCAGAUUCCCUCCGGGCAUUGGUAGAUAGAGUUGAGGGGAUCGGAAUUACCCGGGGAUCUGGGAUGUUCCUCUGGAUCCUUGAUGUGCUGCACGGGGUCAGCAGGGAAAAAUUUGAGGCCCAAGCCAAGAUCAUGAACAGCUUUGGUUGGUCGAACUCGGAUUUCGUUUCUGUAGUCAAGGUACAUCCAACUUUUUUAUGGCUUUCCACAGAGGUAUUGCAGAGAAAGAUGGACUUUCUAGUUAAGGAUGUUGGAAUGACACCUUUAGACAUUGCUAAGCAUGCAGUGGUUUUACGAUUAAGUUUGGAAAAGAGGUUAAUUCCUCGAUUUCAUGUGAUGGAGAUUUUAAAAUCUGAAGGGUUAUGGACUUCACAGAUGAAGUUAUCUAUGUUUUUCUCAUCGCCGGGACCAAAAUUUUUGCAGAAGUAUGUACUCCCUUACAAAGAUAAAUUACCCAAACUGCUUGAAGUCUUGUGAAUUGUAGCUGAGUUUGAGAGGAAUAUCCAACAGGGGUUUAUUUGGCAAAAUUUGAUUCAUGUUGUGUGGUACAGUGACAUCUGCCAAGGUUAAUGAGAAGUCACUUUCCUUCAACUUAACCUAUCUUAUCUCUUAAUAUUGUUGAAAGCUGAAGGAGAAUAGCAUUCUGGUUAGAAGCUUCUUUGUUGAGCUUCAUUGAAAAUGUCACUCUUAUUAUGUGGAUAGUCUGUCACCUACUUAAAUUUCCUUUUUGUUAACAAAUUCAUUGAAAAUUACAGUCUAUUUCUGAAUGCUGUCAAUUACAAAUUCUUACAUAUAUGUGAAACACUGUUUGCCUGAGAUUCUUCUUGUAUAGUAAUUUGAAUUGUAAAGUAUGAUAAAUGUCGAUUAGCGGAUUCAUGAGAACUUGAGGUGCGAGGAGUAUACAGACCAAAAAGAGCUUAUUUAUUAUUAUUAUUCAAAGGUAUCUAAAGAUCUUAUACUACUAUAUGUAUGGUUGUUCUCAAAAGAAGCUCAGGCAAUCACCAAGGCAGCUUUGGUUGUUGACUUAUAUCUCAUACUUAACAGCCCCUUUGAUCUGUUUUACCUCUUAUUGCUUAAAUUUUCAAAUAAGUAUCUCGUUUUACCGCUUAUUGCUUUAAUUCUUUAAUUUUACUGCUUAUUUAU